UAAUAAUAUAAUCUAUCGUCGCGUUAUUAAUAUUUUUCUUUGAAUAGAUAUAUUAUUAUUAUUAUUAUUUUGAAGUGUCGUAUACGAAAGUUAAGAGAACGGGGGAGAAAAGAUGGAUGGUUAGAACAUCAGUUCUUCAACCCAGAUCGAUCCCUAAAAGCAUCAGCUUCGAGAGAAAGUGCCGUUGCUUGGCUACCUAUCUCUAUCCUUCUUACUCUUUUUCUCUCUCUCUCUCUCUCUUUGUCUACCUUUUACGUUUUAACACUUCCUUUUCUAUCCUUUGUUUCAUCUAUUCGGUUCUUUGAGUUACCAAGGAAUCCAAGAAAUACCCUAAAAUAUCCUCUGUGAAGUAUAAGUGAUCGAUAUCCUAACCCCCGGUCUAUGAACCACCUGUAAACUGUACUCCGACUUUUGGGAUUAGAUUGUUCGGGAUAGAAACGUGUAACAACCGGAAGUUUAAGUACGGGGUAAUUCACUCUUCGUGGGAAAUAACUGGUUAACCACACAGAGAUUGAUGACCGGUUGGACGUUGUCGUUUUACAUUGAUCGGGAUGAAAUACUUGAAAGUGGCAGUGUUCACGUUCAACCUUUUGAUAUGGUUGGCUGGUUGCACUGUACUAGUAAUAGGAGCAUGGUUACUCUUGGAACCGAGCAAAGGACACCUCUUGAAUCUUUUCGUUCCCGAUGUCAAACCUCACGAGACGAUUGAUUUGAUAGCGUACAGUUUGGUCGGGCUUGGUUUCACCGUAUUUAUGGUUGGUUUCUUCGGUUGUCGUGCUGCCCUACGUGGAAAUCAAUGUAUCCUUGCCACUUACAUGAGCAUGCUGGUCGCCCUGAUCGUAACCGAAUUAGUGACAGCAGCAAUCGGUGGUCUGAUGACUUAUCGAAUACUUUCCGAUUUGGAAGAAAGAUUGUCCGAUAAAUUGUCUACGGAUUAUGGCCACGACGGGACCAGUGAUAAUUCGUUCAGUCAAAGUCUCGAUUUCGCACAGUACAAGUUUAAUUGCUGCGGAGUGCACAGCGACGCGGAUUACAAUGGUACAGCAUGGUGGAGGGACGGACAAAUUUCAGGAAGCAGAAGACAAGUUCCGCUCACUUGCUGCGUUCUCAAAAAUACCGAGGUAAAGAAUACAGGUAGUCCAAUGAGCGUAGUCUCAAGAGUAUUUCACAAAAACAACGAGAAACCAUGGCUUCAUCCACAACCGAAGGACGAAGCCGCGUGUCAAGUAGAAGACCAAGAAGGUCACAAGGGUUAUCGGCACAAAGAGGGUUGCCUAGGAAAAGUUAGCAACUGGCUUCAGAGUGAAAGCUUCACUUUAGUUUUCCUAGGCAUGGCUAUGGCUGGUAUUCAGACAUUUGGUAUAAUAACGUCAGCGUUCCUUUGUCGUACUAUUCGAGAUAUGCAAACGGAUUAAUGCGAGCACAACUUUGAAAGAAGAUAAGAAUUUCUUCUACGAUUACUAGGAAUAUCGAGGAUAUUUUUGAAUGGAAGAAAAUAGGAACGGCGAAAUGAAAAAAGAAUGAAAAGUAAGCAGAAACGUUUUUUUUUUCUUCUCUCCGACUUAUUUCUUUGCUACUAUUCAAAGAAGAAGAUAGCAAAGGGAAGAAAGGGAUUCAGGAUUACUACUAUCUUCUCCCGUGGGACAACUUUUUCCAAGGAUAUGCCUAUACGAAAUUCAGAAACGUAAAAACUUGACGAGCAAUGAUGCGAAUCAAAAAAAAACGUUUAAAAAGGAACAAGAACAAAAUUGUAUUCGAUUGAAAAAAAUGUCGUCGUCGUCGUCGUCGUCGUUCCGAAUCAUUCCCGUCCCUUAUAUUUGUAUGUUUGUUGUAUAAGGUGAAACAAUUUUUCUGGAACCAAUGGAGAUAACAGAAAAAAUACGUAAAGUAUUAAAAUAAAAUUAAAAAAAAAAAAAAACAAGGUAUCCGUU